AUGACAACCGAACUACUGCUAACAAUAGCAGACGAACACGACGCGGACGUCCUGAUCCUGUGUGAACCAUACAGGAGAAGGACGACUCAGACGUACAUUACGAACGAGACAGAGACCACAGCUAUCUGGGUAAGGGGUGCCACCCAAUCCCGAGUCUCUAACCGCGGUGUCGGGGACGAUUACGUCUGGGCUAAAGUCGGCGCUGUCACUUACGUCAGCGUCUACUUGACACCCAACUGCACCGCGGCCGAGUUCGAGAGGAAGGUGGCACUACUAGAAGACGGUAUCAGGGACCUGCCCGGGGACGUCGUCGUUGCGGGAGACCUCAACGCGAGGGCGAUCGAGUGGGGAAUGACGGAAACGAACCGACGCGGACGACUGCUGCUGGAGAUGGCCGCAAGGCUGGACCUAGCAGUGGUAAAUACGGGAAACACGCCGACGUACAGACGACCAGGGUUUGGAGACUCCAUCCCGGACGUGACGCUGACGUCGGACGGUAUCCUGUCACGACUGAGGGGGUGGCGGGUGAUCGAGGACUAUACAGCCAGCGAUCACCAGUACAUCACCUUCGAAGUGGCAGGACGGAAAGAAACGAGACGAACGAGAGCCCACCAACCCCCGCGGUGGAACCUUGACAGAUCUUCAACGAACUACUUUCCUCCGGUAUAA